AUUAUUAAGUGUAGAUUCAUAGAUAGGUUUGAAAGAGAAAAAAAACCGUAGAAGGAACAAAGAUUGUUCUAUCCUCUUUCUCUAGUUGCAAAUCUAAAGUGGAGAAAACAUGUUCCUCGGAUUCACAAAGCUAACGUUGUUGUUCUUGUACACAUGUUGUUGGGUUUGUGUUUUGAGUGAGAACAAUGAAGUGAUAACAUGUUCCAACAUAGUACCACUUAAGUACAGAACCGACAACAUUUCCUUAACAGAUUUUGGUGGUGUCGGUGAUGGACACACUCUCAACACCAAAGCUUUUAGAGAAGCUAUUUACAGAAUUAAUCAUUUGUCUCAAAGGGAAGGUGGCACCACCCUUUAUGUACCACCAGGGGUAUAUUUGACUGAGCCCUUCAAUCUUACUAGUCAUAUGACUCUUCAUCUUGCUGCUGGUGCUGUUAUCAAAGCCACACAGGAUUCGUCGAACUGGCCUUUAAUUGCACCCUUGCCAUCUUAUGGAAGAGGAAGGGAGCGUCCUGGAGGAAGGUAUAUGAGCUUUAUCCAUGGAGAUGGACUUCAGGAUGUAGUAAUCACAGGUGAGAAUGGGACAAUUGAUGGUCAAGGAGAUGUAUGGUGGAAUAUGUGGAGGAAGAGAACUCUUCAAUUUACCAGACCAAAUCUUGUUGAAUUUGUGAAUUCCAAAGAUAUUAUUAUUUCAAAUGUGAUCUUCAAGGAUUCUCCCUUUUGGAACAUACACCCAGUUUACUGCAGCAAUGUUGUUAUUCGGUUUGCUACAAUUUUGGCUCCGCGUGACUCCCCCAAUACUGAUGGCAUUGAUCCAGAUUCAAGUUCAAAUGUAUGCAUAGAGGACUCAUACAUAUCCACGGGAGACGAUCUUGUCGCAGUGAAGAGUGGUUGGGACGAAUACGGAAUUGCCUACGGUCGUUCGAGCUCUAACAUCACCAUCCGGCGUGUGAGUGGAUCAUCUCCAUUCGCCGGGAUCGCCGUUGGCAGUGAAACAUCAGGUGGAGUGGAAAACAUACUUGCUGAACACAUCAACCUUUACAACAUGGGAAUCGGUAUACACAUUAAGACAAAUAUUGGAAGGGGAGGGUAUAUAAAGAAUAUAAAUGUGUCCAAUGUGUAUAUAGAGAAUGCAAGAAAGGGUAUAAAGAUCUCAGGUGAUGUUGGUGACCAUGCUGAUGAUAAAUAUGAUUCUAAUGCUCUCCCAAUUGUGAAGGGUAUUACAAUGGCGAAUGUAUGGGGUGUGAAGGUUUUGCAAGCUGGUCUUAUAAAAGGAAUGAAACACUCUCCUUUUACUGAUAUUUGUUUAUCUGAUAUCAACCUUCAUGGAGUGAAUGGAACUAGAAGCAGAACUCCAUCUUGGCAGUGUUCUGAUGUGUCUGGAGUUGCUCUUCAGGUUAGUCCAUGGCCAUGUUCUGAGUUGAUCAGCCACCAGUUAGGUUCAUGUGCCAACUAUUACUAGUCCUAGAUAUUGAUGCAAAUGAUGAAGUUUUUCAUUUGUUCAUUAUUUAGAAAAAUUUCAAUAACCUCUCAUGAAUUAUUGUUAAUUGAUUACAUUAAGAAAACAUUAAGGUGACACAAACAGGUUAACGAGCUUCAGUUAAGGACGCAUCAUUUGUAGAGUUUGAAUUCUAACUAAAAUAAUCAUUGGUCAAAUUUUACUCAA